AUGGUUCAAGGUAAAGUAUUUGUUGUUUCUAAUCGAUUACCAGUUACCAUCAAAAGAAAAGAAGAUGGAUCAUACGACUACUCCAUGUCCUCAGGUGGAUUAGUCACUGCAUUACAGGGUCUCAAAAAAACCACUGAAUUCCAAUGGUUAGGAUGGCCAGGAUUAGAAAUACCUGAAGAUGAACAAGCAAAAGUCAAUGCUGAUUUAAUGCACAAAUUCAAAUGUACUGCUAUUUUCCUUUCUGAUACCAUUGCUGAUUUACACUAUAAUGGAUUCAGUAAUUCCAUCUUGUGGCCAUUGUUUCAUUAUCAUCCUGGUGAAAUGAAUUUUGAUGAAAAUGCAUGGGCGGCAUAUAUUGAAGCCAAUAAGAAAUUUGCCGUCGAAAUUUCAAAACAAGUUGAAGAUAAUGAUAUGGUUUGGGUACAUGACUAUCAUUUGAUGCUAUUACCAGAAAUGUUACGACAAGAAAUUGGUAAACUGAAGAAAAACAUCCGUAUUGGGUUUUUCUUACAUACGCCAUUUCCAUCGUCGGAAAUAUAUCGUAUUUUACCCGUUAGAAAAGAAAUUCUUGUUGGGGUUUUAAGUUGUGAUUUAAUUGGAUUUCACACCUAUGACUAUGCACGUCAUUUCUUGAGUUCAGUAUCGAGAAUCGUACCCAAUGUGAAAACAUUGCCUAAUGGGAUCUUGUAUGAAAACCGAUCAAUUAGUAUUGGUGCAUUCCCCAUUGGUAUUGAUGUUGAUAAUUUUACUGAAGGUUUGAAAAAACCUGAAGUUCAACAACGUAUUGCUCAAUUGGAAUCAAAAUUUGAUGGAAUUAAAGUGAUUGUUGGAGUUGAUCGAUUAGAUUACAUAAAGGGAGUCCCACAAAAAUUGCAUGCAUUUGAAAUUUUUUUGCAACAAAAUCCUGAAUGGAUAGGCAAAGUUGUUCUCGUUCAAGUUGCCGUACCUUCCAGAGGUGACGUUGAAGAAUAUCAAAGUUUGAGAGCAACUGUCAAUGAAUUAGUUGGUCGAAUCAAUGGUCAAUUCGGUACGGUUGAAUUCGUACCUAUUCACUAUAUGCAUAAAUCUAUUCCAUUUAACGAAUUACUUUCAUUAUACAACAUCAGUGAUGUAUGUUUAGUCAGUUCUACAAGAGACGGAAUGAAUUUGGUGUCAUACGAAUACAUUGCGUGUCAAGAACAGCGUAAAGGAGCAUUGAUCCUUUCGGAAUUUGCCGGUGCUGCUCAAUGUUUAUCUGGAGCCAUUGUUGUCAAUCCAUGGAAUACUGAAGAUUUAAGUGAUGCGAUAAAGGAAAGUUUAACAUUACCACUGGAGAAGAAAGCAUUUAAUUUCCAAAAAAUGUUUGAAUAUAUUUCAAAAUAUACUUCAGGUUAUUGGGGAGAGUCAUUUGUUAAAGAGUUGUAUAAAUGUAAUGGUGAUGUUAAACACGAUUCAAAGAAAUAA